AUGAGACGCGCGGCUCUCGUCUCAGCCGCCGUCUUCUCGGCGCUUGCCAGCGCGCAAUCCACCGGCCUAGACACGUGCACCGACGUCCACAUCUUCCUCGCCCGCGGGAACAACGAGCCGUACCCAGGCCGCCAGAGCAAGAUAGUCGACGCCGUCUGCGGGGGCCUGAGCAGCUGCGACUACGAGGACAUACAAUUUACCAAUGCUCUGGAGGACAACUAUUGCACCGACGUCGACGCCGGCCGUGCUGCCGGUGUCAAGCAGAUAACCGCCUAUAACAAGCGGUGUCCCGAUGCCAAACUCGUCAUCAGCGGUUACUCGCAGGGCUCCCAUGUGGUCGGCGACAUCCUGGGCGGUGGAGGUGGCACAUUCUACAAUGGAUGCACCACCACGACGAGCUCUGGGCUCGACGUGAACUCGGCCCCGGGAAACAAGAUCGCUGCGGCCAUAAUAUUCGGUAACCCACGCCACACCGCCGAGCAAUCUUACGACGAAGUGGAAGGUUCCCCGUUCAGCGGACUGCUGCCCCGGACCGGGGACCAGCUCGCUGCUCUAAACAACUUCGCCGCCGUCUUGCAGGACUACUGCCAGUUCGACGACCCCAUAUGCGCCGUGGGCGACGGAACCCGCACCACCAAUGUCGCUGACCACCUGAACUACUUCGACAAGUACACGGACACAGCGGGCGCGUGGGUGCAGUCCAUGGUCAAUGGAACAACCACCACCACGACAUCCUCUUCCACUUCGGAGAGUAGUACAACAUCCACCAGCUCGACAUCUCUAGCGACGAGAUCGGCAUCGUCGACGAGUGCCAGCCAAGACCCCAGCGCGACAGCGACACUCUCGACCGGCUCCGCCGGUAACUUGCUGCUUCCGGAGGCCACCGCCACCUUUAGCAACACCAUGCCCACAGCUACGUCCGGCGCCGCCAGGUCGAGAGGUGGAGACGCGACGGGAGUCGUGCGAGGCUUUACGGGCCUCGUCACGUUGGUGACAUUGGGCUUUUUAGGCUUUCAUGGCGGUAUAGGCAUGUUAUCGCGGUCGCAUAAUGAACGUAAUAUGUAA